GACUGCAACAUCUAAUAGAAUUAAGAGUUGCCUUAUCUUUCCACAGGAUAAACAGCAUAGCUCAAGAGUUAGUGGAACAGCAUCCCUCAGUGCUUCCAGCCAGGAUGCCCCCUCAAUCAGGAGCCAGUGCAGGGAAGCCAGAGAUUGAGUCAGGGGUCCCACGGCUCUUCACCUGGGAGGAGGUGGGGCUCCGCACAGGCAAUGGAGGCUUGAAGGAAGAGAGAUGGCUGGUAAUCAACCGAAAAGUCUAUGAUGUCAGUCAGUUCUAUUUGCAGCAUCCAGGUGGGCCUCAUCUCAUCAGACACUAUUCUGGACAAGAUGCCACGGCUGCCUUUACAGUUUUCCACAAGGAUAAGGAUCUGAUAAAGAAAUACUUGAAUUCCCUGUUAAUUGGAGAGCUAACACCGGAUCAACCUAGCUGUGAGCCCACCGAAAAUGAAAUGCUGGUACAUGAUUUUCAUGAAUUAUGCACGAAAGUGGAGAAGAUGGGACUCUUGAAGUCCAGUGUUCCUUUUUUUGCCAUCAUCUUUCUGCAUGCGUUCCUGCUGGAUGUGGCAUCCUGGUUCACUAUCUGGUACUUUGGAAAAUCUUGGGUGCCUUUCCUUAUCGGAAUAACACUAUUCACAGUUGCACAGGUCCAAUAUGGUUUCUUUCAGCAUGAUCUUGGGCAUAUUUCAGUCUUCCAGAAGCCUAAAUGGAACAGACUGGCUCACACUUUUGUGAUGGGAUUCCUUAAGGGUGGGCCAAAGUCUUGGUGGACUGACACACAUAACCAGCAUCAUGCCAAGCCCAAUUGUUUCCAGAAGGAUCCUGAUCUCAGUAUGCAUCCAUUUGUCUUCAGCUUAGGGAAAUCCCUCUCUGUGGAGCUUGGAAAAAAGAAAAAGAAAUACAUGCCUUACCAGCACCAGCACAAAUAUUUUAGCUUACUGGCACCCUUAACAUUCGUUACUUUGGGGCAGUUAAUCAUACUUCGCUAUGUUGUUCAGAAGAAACAGUGGAGUGAACUUAUUAUUAUGUUAUUCUGCAAUUUCCGUAUGUGUCUCAUGUACAUUCCUUUAAUGGGAUUCAAGACCUUCAUGGCAUACUACUGGCUUGCCAGGUUCCUAGAAAGCGCAUGGUUUAUCUGGGUCUCUCAAGUGAAUCACAUUCCAAUGAACAUCAGUUACGACCAGAAUUUGGACUGGGUCUCUUGCCAGCUCACAGGAACAUGCAAUGUUGAUCAUUCCUGGUUCAAUGACUGGUUCACUGGGCAUCUGAACUUCCAGAUUGAGCAUCACCUUUUCCCCACCAUGCCUCGACACAAUUAUUACAAGGUGGCUCCUCUGGUGAAAUCGCUGUGUGCCAAGCAUGGUAUUCACUAUGUGUGCAAGCCCAUCCUCACAGCUUUUGCAGAUGUAUUGCACAGCUUGAAGGAAUAUGGGCAGGACUGGCAGGAAGCUUAUCUCCAUGAAUGA